AUGGGUCUGCAGAGUUCCAAAAACCCCCAAACGAAGCAAGCCCGAAUUCUUCUUCUGGGACUUGAUUCAGCUGGGAAGUCUACUCUCCUUUAUAAAUUAAAGCUUGGUAAGGAUAUUACAACCAUCCCAACAAUAGGUUUCAAUGUGGAGAUGAUCAAGAUGGAAAAGAGUCUUUCGCUCACAGUCUGGGAUGUUGGAGGACAGGAAAAAAUGAGAACUUUUUGGGGUUGUUACUAUGAGAACACUGAUGGGCUGAUGUAUGUUGUGGACAGUACGGACAAACAGCGACUGGAAGACUCACGGAGAGAGUUUGAGCACAUUUUGAAGAAUGAACACAUUAAAAAUGUGCCUGUCGUCCUAUUAGCCAACAAACAAGAUGUGCCUGGAGCACUGACCGCCGAGGACAUUACCAGAAUGUUCAAAGUGAAGAAGCUCUGCAGUGACCGGAACUGGUAUGUGCAACCCUGCUGUGCCAUCACAGGGGACGGGCUGAUCGAGGGAUUCAGGAAAUUAACUGGAUUUGUGAAAAGCCACCUGAAAUCGAGAGGAGACGCUUUAGCAUUCUUCAAGCAGAACUGA